AUGGACAGGAAUGAGAUCAAGGGUACCGAUAUUGGAGUGAAGAAUGGCGGAACGGAUAAGGCUACUAUUUUACUUUCGGUGGCCGCUCGACGAAUCGCUCCUCUCCUUUCUGUCGAUGGAUAUAACGUUAUCUUAAUAUCUCGAUCUGGAUCAUCUCUAGCGUCACUUUCAAAUACUAAAGGGGUUAAGUUUGAUUGGUUGGAUACGAAUACUUAUGAUAAUCCUUUUAUCUCAUCCGAGGGGGGUGGCGACGCAAAGGAAAUUUCAAUCGAAGCGGUUUUCAUGAUCGCUCCUCCUGUUCUCGAUGCACUUCCUCUGGCUAAAAGGUUCAUUGAUGGAGUAAUCAAGAGAGGAGUAAGGAGAAUUGUAUUUCUGAGUGGGAGUAUACAACGGAAGGGAAGGAAACCUCGAGGAGAUGAUUCAAGACCGGAUGAUAUCGACACGAACGCAGUGGAAUGGACGAUAUUGAAACCGAGUUGGUUUAUGGAAAAUUUCUCGGAAAUGCACCAUCUAUACACCAUUCGCGAUGAAAAUCGGUUACUUUCAGCAACGGGGAAAGGGAAAAUCCCGCUUGUGAGUGUAGAGGAUAUCGCAAAUGUGGCUUACAAAGCUUUGAUUGGGUGGAGAAGUGAUGAGUUUGUGAGGGGUUUGAUGGGGAAGGAAUUAGUUUUGAGGGGAGCAGAAUUAUGGUCUUAUGAUGAGAUUGCUGCGCUCACGGAUGUGUUGGAGAGAGAGAUUAUUCAUGUGGAUGUGGAGGAAGAGGAGAUUGUCAAGGGGAUGGUAGAUGGUGGGGUGGAGGAGGGAUUGGCGGGGGUUUUGGGCGAGCUUGACAGUGCGGUUAAGAGAGGUGAAGAGGCUUGGUUGGGGGGAGAUUUGGAGGGGAUUAUUGGGAGGAGGGCGAAGGGUGUGAGAGAGUUUGUGGAGGGGUGUAGGAAGGGUGGGGUUUGGGAUGUGCGGAGUAUGGAGUAUGGAAUUGGAUAUAGAAGAGAGGGGUGA